AUUUUCCCCCGCGCUAUCAACAUUCUCCAACUAUAUACAAUUAUAUUGCCCCCAAUCCCAAUCCCAAUCUUACCCCUACCCCUACCCCUACACACACACAUACUUACACACUUACACACUUACACACUUACAAACAUACACAUACAUAACCCAUUAGAUGAUACACAAAAUGUCCCUUCCAAUCCAUCCCCCCACCUUCGCAACCACACAACUCACCCUCCUCCGCGCGGAACAAACCGCCGAAAUCACCUCCAACAACCUCUUCACCAGCAGCGCCAUCACCACCGCGUCGCCAUCCACCCGGCGCACACUCCAAGCGACAGGCCACGCCCUGACAGGUAUUGUCCUGUCGCAAUGUAGGACGGGGCUGGGGGGGAGGGUGGUGGGGGAGUUUGUGGCGGAUGCGGCUGUCACCAAUACUUCUUCUACUAGUUCUACUAAUUCUAAAUCUGGUUCUGGUGGUGGGGAUGGGAAGUUGAGGUUAGGUGCGCAUGGGGUUAGGGUUGGGGAUGUGGUUAAAUUAAUUGAGAUUAGUUCUAGUUCUGGUUCUGGUUCUGGGGGUGGUGGUGGUGGAGGGAAGAAGGGGAAAGAUGGGAAAGAUGGGAAAGGAGGAGGGGUGGAAGGGGUUGUGACGAGGGUUGGGGAGAGUGCGGUUUGGGUUGCGUUUGGGGGGAAGGAUUCUGGUAAAGGGAGUAAGGAUGAGGAUGGGGUGGAGGAGUUGUGGGGGAGGAAGGUUUGGAUACGGAUGAACCAGACUAUGGAGAAAAUGGUCAAAAUGACCGACUCCGAGCAUACUCAUUUCAUGCGCGUGGCCUUUGGUCAGACCUCGCCUAUGUUGCCAGACUACGAUUCUAUCGGGCCUCUGGAGUUUACAGAUCCUACGCUGAAUGACUCCCAGAAGGAGGCCAUUCGGUUUGCUCUGGCGGCGCGCGAGAUUGCCCUCAUUCAUGGCCCGCCCGGGACCGGCAAGACGCACACGCUGAUCGAGCUGAUCGUGCAGAUGGUGCAGCGCAAGCAGCGGGUGCUGGUCUGCGGCCCGUCGAACAUCUCCGUCGACAAUAUCGUGGAGAGACUGGCGCCGAAGAAGGUGCCCGUGGUGCGCAUAGGACAUCCGGCGCGGUUGCUCCCGUCCGUCCUGGAUCAUUCGCUGGAAGUGCUGACGCAUACGUCGGAGGCGGCGGCGAUUGUUCGCGACGUCCGCAAGGAGAUCGACCAGAAGCAGGCGAGUAUUCGAAAGACCAGGUCAGCGCGGGAGCGACGGGCCAUCUACGAUGAUCUGCGAGAACUGCGGCGCGAGUUCCGCGAGCGCGAGAACAAGUGCGUGGAGAACCUGGUCCGCGAGAGCAGCGUGGUUUUGGCGACGCUUCAUGGAGCCGGGGGUCAUCAGCUGAAGAACCAAAAGUUCGAUGUGGUCAUCAUCGAUGAGGCGAGUCAGGCACUGGAGGCGCAAUGCUGGAUCCCGCUGUUGUCGGCAUCCAAGGUGGUUCUGGCUGGUGAUCACUUGCAGCUGCCGCCGACCGUCAAGUCGACCAAAGAUGAUGUUAAGAAGAUGAAGGCCAAAGAGGAGGACAAGAAAGAAAACGGAGAGUUGCUAGACAAUGUCUCGCUGGAGACGACUCUCUUCGACCGACUGCUGUCGAUGCACGGCCCGGGGAUCAAACGGAUGCUCACGACGCAGUACCGGAUGCACGAGAAGAUAAUGCAAUUUCCGUCGGACGAGUUGUAUGACUCGAAAUUGAUGGCUGCAGACUCUGUCAAGGCUCGACUGUUAAAGGACCUACCCUACGAAGUGGAGGAGACCGAUGACACCAAAGAGCCGCUGGUGUUCUGGGAUACGCAAGGUGGUGAUUUCCCUGAAAAGACCGAGGAUGCGGAUCUGGGUAAGAAGGCCCACUUGGGCGAUAGUAAGAGCAACGACAUGGAGGCUCUAGUGGUGAGCCGGCACGUCGAUGCGCUGGUGGACGCAGGGAUACACCCCGAAGACAUUGCGGUGAUUACGCCAUACAACGGUCAGCUGGCCGUGCUGUCGCAGAUGCUGCGGGAGAAAUACCCCAGCAUUGAGCUGGGCAGCGUCGACGGGUUCCAAGGGCGUGAAAAGGAAGCGGUGGUGGUGAGUCUGGUGCGCAGUAACAGCGAGCACGAAGUGGGAUUCUUAGGGGAACGGCGUCGUCUCAACGUGGCCAUGACGCGGCCGAAACGGCAUCUGUGCAUCUGCGGUGACUCGGAGACGAUUAGCAAGGGCAGUGGGUUCCUUAAGCGAUGGAUGGGAUUCCUGGAGGAGCAUGCUGAUUUGCGGUAUCCGGACGCUGGCGAUCUGUUGUGAUCAUACCUAGAUAGACUAGCUACGAAGUAUCCUCGGACGUUGCUUGGGCCAUGAGUGUCACCGAUGGGAGGUCCUGCAAUCUAGAUGCAGUGUCGUGCAACGUCUGCAGCAGACGGUCCCUUGCAGGAGAACAACCGACUCAAACAAAACAUACGCGCAAGGGAUAGCAUUGGAGGCAAUUCAGACACGCGAUGAAAGAAUUGCCCAGAGAGUAAAUAGUGUUGGCAUGGGCGCAUUUCCCUGUCACGUCAACCAUCCACAUUCCAUAUCUUAGCGAGAAAUCUUAGAUUGUCCAUGUGGCUUGCUCGAUGGAAUUCCGGGAACCCCUCCCUUGGAGACGCCAAAGAAGAGGGGGGAAAGGAAGAUCAUGCGUCAUGGCGUAGUGAAGUGUGCAGGAUCUAGAAUCCCACGAGCGGGACAGUCAGCCU